AUGAUGCAGCAGUCUCAAGAGAAUAGUAUGGUCAACAGUAUCAAAAGCCGAGGAAAAGUCAAGAGCAAGAAGAAGAAAGCAGUGUUGGGCGGUAUCGCCAAGUUAGCUAACAAAAGGGAAAAUCUAUUUGCAGUCGAACUCGGUUACUUCAAGGCACUGCCAGCUAAUGUUACGAAUAUUUUCAAUAAUUUCAGGCUCUGUGCUUACGAGCUCAUGUCCAUCAACCAGGAGACCAAAAAUGAAAAAAGUUUAAAAGAAAUAACUUUGCUUUAUCUAAAAAUCUAUAUAAACCAAACCUGCACUAAAGAUGAUGUUAAAAAUCGAAAUAAGGCCUACCUGCAUGAUGAAUUUGGAUAA